UGACUCCUGCCUUUUUGCCCCGAAUCUCUACUCUUCCUCUCAGGGCCACGACCCCACCCCCACUUGGCCCACAGCUUUUUCACUUUCUGUUUUCCCCUUUCUUUGCCCUCCAUCUUCUCACUCCUUCCGUCUGUCUUUACCCUCAGCUCCUGUGCCCAUCUCUGUGUCCCACCUCUCCCCCUCUACUUCCUCUCCCCCCACCCCCAGUCUCACCCCCUGGAGCCUCUCUUUCCUGUUGUCUGGCCCCAGCACUCCCCACCCUCACCUCAGCGCGACCAUGGCCACCAUCCCAGACUGGAAGCUACAGCUGCUAGCCCGGCGCCGGCAGGAGGAGGCAGCCCUUCGUGGCCGGGAGAAGGCAGAACGGGAGCGUCUGUCCCAGAUGCCAGCCUGGAAGCGGGGGCUCCUGGAGCGCCGCAGGGCCAAGCUUGGUCUGUCUCCUGGAGAAGCUAGCCCUGCACCUGGGACUACAGAGGUUGGACCUCCAGACCCAGAUGAGUCGGCCGUCCUCCUAGAGGCCAUUGGGCCGGUGCACCAGAACCGAUUCAUUCGGCAGGAGCGCCAGCAGCAGCAGCAGCAGCAGCAGCAGCGGAAUGAAGAGUUACUUGCAGAGAGAAGGCCUGGGCCUUUGGAGGCCCGCGAGCGGAGACCCAGCCCUGGGGAGAUGCGGGAUCAGAGCCCCAAGGGAAGAGAGUCAAAAGAAGAGCGGCUCAGUCCCAGGGAGGCCAGAGAGAGGAGGUUGGGGAUAGGGGGAGCCCGAGAGUUGAGCCCCAGGCCCUCAGAGGCUUUGGACUGGAGGCAGAGCCCAGGAGAGGCUGGAGACAGGAGCUCCAGACUGUCAGAGGCCCGGAAAUGGAGGCUGAGCCCCGGAGAAACUCCAGAGUGGAGUCUGAGACUGGCAGAGCCUGGAGAACAAAGCCCCAGGAGAAAAGAGGUGGUGGAAAGUAGACUGAGCCCAGCAGAGUCUGACAACCAGAAGUUGGGGCUGACAGAGUCGCAUAAAUGGAGGCUUGACUCUGGAGAGUCUCAGGAACAGAGUUUGGUACAACUGGAGGCAUCAGAGUGGAGGCUGCGCUCAGAAGAAGAAAGAAAAGACUGUUCAGAGGAAUGUGGGAGAAAAGAAGAGAGACCAAUUCCAAGGCUGGCCUCAGAAGAGGUUACAGAGCUGCCGGAGACCCUGACAAGGGAGGCUCCAGACAGCAGCUCCGGAGAAGUGGAGGCAGCAGAGCAGAGGCCCAGCCCUGUGGAGGAUGGUGAGAGGGGCCUGAGGCUGACAGAAGGAUGGAAAUGGACCCUGAACUCUGGAAAGGUUCGAGAAUGGACACCCAGGGACACAGAGACUCAAACUCAGAAACCAGCCCCCCCAGAGUCUGCUGAGAAGUAUCUGGGGCCUCUUGGUACCGAGGCUGGAGAAGGGGAGGCUGAGAAGGAGAAGGCGGGGGCUCAGGGCAGGCCUCUGAGAACCCUGCAGAACUACAGCUCUGUGCCCUCCCCCUUCCCACCAGAGCACGCUGGGACUGGAGGCUCUAGAAGGCAGGAAGAGGAAGCAGUGGAUCUCCAGCCCCCACCAGCAGCCCCUCUGUCUCCCCCACCCCCAGCCCCACCUGCCCCCCAGGCCCCUGGGGAUCCCCUCAUGAACCGUCUGUUCUAUGGGGUGAAGGCAGGGCCAGGGGUGGGGGCCCCUCGCCGCAGUGGACACACCUUCACAGUCAACCCCCGGCGGUCCGUGCCCCCUGCAGCCCCCAGCACCCCCAGCACUCCCGCUACCCCGGCCACAGCUGAUGCGGCAGUCCCUGGAGCUGGGAAGAAGCGGUACCCGACUGCCGAGGAGAUCUUGGUUCUGGGGGGCUACCUCCGCCUCAGCCGCAGCUGCCUUGCCAAGGGGUCCCCUGAAAGGCACCACAAACAGCUCAAGAUCUCCUUCAGCGAGACAGCAUUGGAGACCACGUACCAGUACCCCUCCGAGAGUUCGGUGCUGGAGGAGUUAGGCCCGGAGCCGGAGGCUCCCAGUGCCCCCAGCCCCCCAGCGGCCCAACCCGACGACGAAGAGGAUGAGGAGGACCUGCUGCUGCUGCAGCGGGAGCUCCAGGGCGGGCUGCGCACCAAGGCCCUGAUCGUGGAUGAGUCCUGCCGGAGGUGACCCUCUGUCAACAUAGGGUCUAUACCCACCCUUUCCCAGAACUGAAGAUCCUGGAGCCCAGAAGAUUGAGAACAGAGAGACCCUGAACAUGAGCUUGGCCGGGAAGGGCAACCAACAUCUUCCAACUUGCUUUCCUCAUCCUGUUUAUGGGGGCAGAGCUAGUCACCCAGUUUCCACCCUCACCAAAGGUCCCUUGUAUGAGUGUGUCAGACGUGCUGGUGGCAUCCUAGGUGAUUCAAAAGUGAGCAUCAAGUCCUGAGGAGGGUCACAGUGCUCACUGGGGCUGGAGGUGGAGCACCUCCUCCAACUCCACUGGUACACUCUCCCUUCAGCUUCCCUUGACUCCCUACCACCCCCUGGGGGCUCUUAGGAUUUAAGCACUCAUCCUGGAUAGCUUGCCCCCACUCCACUUACAGGCCCCUCUCCUUCCUAUUCCUUAGGCCACUGCCCCUUUGUUUACACCUCCUGCCUCCUCUCUUGACCACCAGCCUGGUUUACAAACCCCAUUAGCUCCCAGCCCCACCUGCCAAAGUCCCAGGUUUACAACCACACCUACUUGUUGAGUCCAUGUGGAACCCUCCCCUCUGUCCCUGGCAGCUGCCUCAUUGGGGGUGUGGCUUCCUCCACUUUUGCUCAGUAUUACUGUACCUCAGUUUUCCCCAAGAAGGAAGGCUGGGAACCUUAGCCCUGUACCCCCAUCCAGUUAUUUAAUUCUGUUCCUCCUAGUGGUCCACAACUGAAUUGAAUUGCAAGGGUGAGGGGUGACUAACAGGGCACCUCAAUUCUUCUUCCCCAUUUCUCCUUCCUUAUCCACUGCCUGUUUGUUUUUUAAGUUUUCCAUAAUAAAAUGGAGAUCUCUCCAA